AUGUCAAAUUGUCCUAGAUGGACGGAAAUGGGGAGUGGAGGAGAUCUUCUUUCACAAACAUCAACGGUCCGGCCGGUCAAUGACCGGCCGCUUCCUUUCCAUCGUCACUGUACCAACUGUCACCUCGCCGCAUUUGCCCUCAUAUUCUUGCAACCGGUUCCCCUGCCUCAUCGAAGCUCAUCGAGUCCUAUGGAACAAGCCUUAAGACUCAGAAUAAUCCAUUCUCGGCUUUGCGACCUGUCGACCCAUUCCUACUGCGCAGACAACAUUGUGGGUGUGGCAGAAGCACGACUUGUGGGUUCCGACGUGAGAUCGAGAUGCUCCUCGUUUUACCAACAAGGACCUACGCGCUUUCGGCAUAUUGACUCGAAUGCCUUAUUACGAGCCAACCCGUUGAGAACAUACACCAUCAGAAGUAGCACAGCGGAUCAAACUCUUCCUGAAUGA